AUGCCAAUGAUCGAUAAAAUUUUGGAUCAACUCUUUUUGAGUGGAGCGCUGGAUGUGUAUGGAGAAGCGGCUGGGGAAAAGCUACAAUCAUACAAGAUCAGCCACGUGUUAACUCUUUCAAUCAGCCCGAUUCCCGAGGAGAGACAAGUCGAUGGAGUCAGCUACACUUUUGUUCAAAUGGCUGACAAUGCUGCACAAGAUCUUAUUGGCACAAAUAUCAUCACCGACGCGAUAAUCUUGAUUGAUCAGGCGUUGAAAGAUGGCGGGAAUGUGCUUGUACAUAGUGAAGAAGGGAAUUCCCGUGCUCCGACGAUUGUCGCCGCUUUCUUAAUGCAGAAAUUCAAAUGGAACGCUGAGAAAGCGCUCACUUAUGUGAAAAUGAAGAGGCCGACAAUAAACCCAAACAAAGGCUUCAAUGAACAGCUGAGAAUCUUCGCCACAAUGCAUUUCCAUAUCGCUCCUCGGGAUAUCGUUUGUUCCUCUGAAUACAGAUCCUGGCGAGCUCAACAAGCAAACAAGAAUUUGGAAAGUUAUAUGGUUUCCCCACGCGAGCACCACUGGAACGCCCCACACCAUCGACACCAUCAAGAUGACGGAUUACCACAUGUUUUCAUUUCCGAG